AUGGACGGCAGCACGAUGCGAGCUGUCUUUGCCGCGACGCGCGGAACCUCGACGCCCUUCGCGCUGCCAGCCGGCCAUGGCGCCCGACUCGCCUCCAUCGCUGCCUCGCCGCCGCCCGGGCAGCGAGCUGAGCUUGGCACGGUCGACGGGGCUGCGGAGCCAAUCAAGUUCACCGUGGGGCAGCGUGUUUGA